AUGGACUUGGUCCACAGACACAGGCUACAGUUAUUUGGAUUGCUGCUGUCUGUAAUAGGAUGGAUUUUAACUGGUACCUGUAACUAUUUACCAGACUGGAAAAACCUCGGCUUAGACUUAAAUGAACUGGAGUUUUGGACUAUGGGACUCUGGCAAACUUGUGUAGUCCAAGACAUAGGAGGAACACAGUGUAAAGACUUUGAUUCGUUCCUAGCUUUACCCAUAGAAUUCAGGAUUUCCAGGAUUUUAGUAUGUACAUCAAACGGACUGGGACUUCUGAGCCUUGUCAUCUCUAGCCUUGGUUUGGACUGCCUAAAGAUAGAGGAUACAGAGCAGAAGCUAAAGAAACAGCUGUUACUACUUGGAGGAAUACUCAUGUGGAUAGCUGGAGUUCUGGUCUUAGUUCCUGUUUCCUGGGUUGCCUGUACGAUAAUCCAGGAAUUUUGGGAUGAAGUGAUCCCAGAGAUUGUGCCCAGAUGGGAAAUAGGGGAUGCACUCUUCACUGGUUGGUUUGGUGGCUUUUUUAUAAUUCUAGGAGGCUCUCUACUCCUCUUGACAAUCUUCUUAUCAUCUGACCAUCAGUUACCAGAACAGUAUACAAUGGCAGAUAUGCAAGACAACCGUCAACAGGUGGAGACUGGAAACAGAAGACUUUAA